AUGGAAGGCCAAAGUCGGCCGAAAGACUGCCAACGAAACGCUGCGGCCAACGCUUUCCUCGCCAUUUCAGCAAUCACCCUCGCGAUUGUCGGAGUCGUGGUACCGCUGAGAAUUUGGGUACGAGUAAAGCUUGUCAAGAACUUCUGGUGGGAUGAUGCUUGCAUCCUGAUAUCUUUCCGAACAAAGGCCAUUGUGAUUCCAACGUUUGCCUGCCUCUACGAGACCGUCCGCCUCGGCAUCGGAAAGCAUUUCCUCUGCGUGGAUCCUGCAGACUCCGUCCUCCUGGGCAAAUUCCAGUAUAUCGCCGAGUUUCUCGAGAUCUACUCUGUGAUUUUCGCGCGACUGUCGGCUGCGCUGUUUGUUAUUCGUCUGUUUGCCAUUACGUCCAGACUCAAGACAUUUCUUUAUGGGUAUGCGGUGUUUAUGACCAUUUCGCUUGCGAUCACGGGCGUGCUGGUGCUUGUGCAAUGUACGCCGACGGCGGCGCUGUGGGAUGUGACGAUUAAGGGCCACUGUUGGUCUGCAGAGGCUAGAUCGUUUGUGAACAACUUCAACGGGGCUAUCUCGAUUCUCAGCGACUUCCUUCUGGCCGGAUUGCCAGUGUACUUCCUAUGGACUGUGCAGAUGAACACACGACUGAAGAUUGCCGUCUGCUCGUUGAUGGGUGUUAGUAUCAUCCCUGGCAUCUGUGCCACUGCGAGAACGGCGCUUGCAUACACGCAAACCUCGUCGGAUCCAAUCUACAGCUUUGCAAUCCUGAUCGUCUUUGGAAGUCUCGAAACCACAAUGGCAGUUAUCUGCGCAACCAUCCCAGCCCUAUCCCCGCUCUUCUCGCAGGAGCGUCGCCAGCGAUUCAACCGGCCCAGACGAUACAACGACUACCAAUACGCCGACUCUUCCAGCGCCAGAAACACGCUCAAGCCAAAUUCGAGGGCUGGUGAUGGACCAGACACGGUAGAUACCACGCCCCUUGUGCCGCUUGCCAAUGGUAACAAUAACAAGGCGAUUUCCAAGACAGUCGAAAUCAGCGUGACGCGAUAG